CGUCAGACAGCUGAAUGACCGCAGGAAAUUGAAUCCCUAAAAAUGGCCCUCUCUUGUCCAGGAUUGGCAGAGAAAAUCACAGCACCCCUUAUCUAUGCUGUUUCCAUUGCUGCCAUUGGAUCUCUCCAGUUUGGGUACAACACUGGUGUCAUCAAUGCUCCUGAGAAGAUCAUCCAGAGGUUCUUCAACAGAACCUUGUCAGAACGGAGCGGGGAGGUUGUCUCCUCAGAGCUCCUCACUUCUCUGUGGUCCCUUUCUGUGGCCAUCUUCUCGGUAGGAGGCAUGAUCGGCUCCUUCUCAGUCAGCCUGUUUGUCAACAGAUUUGGCAGGAGGAACUCCAUGCUACUGGUGAACAUCUUGGCCUUUGCUGGUGGCACUCUCAUGGCCUUCUCUAAGAUGGCAAAGGCAGUGGAGAUGCUGAUCAUUGGCCGCUUUGUUAUUGGCCUCUUCUGUGGUCUCUGCACUGGCUUUGUGCCCAUGUACAUCAGUGAAGUCUCGCCCACCAGCCUCCGUGGAGCCUUUGGCACCCUCAACCAGCUGGGCAUUGUUGUGGGCAUCCUGGUGGCCCAGAUCUUUGGCCUGGAGGGAAUCAUGGGCACUGAAGCACUUUGGCCACUGCUUUUGGGGUUCACAAUCCUCCCAGCAAUCCUGCAGUGCGUGGCUCUUCUUUUCUGCCCUGAGAGCCCGCGUUUCCUGUUGAUCAACAAGAUGGAGGAAGAGAAAGCACAAGCAGUUCUCCAGAAGCUCCGUGGCACACAAGAUGUGUCUCAAGACAUCCUGGAGAUGAAAGAAGAGAGUGCUAAAAUGUCCCAGGAAAAGAAAGCAACUGUGCCAGAGCUCUUCCGUUCUCCAAACUACCGUCAAGCCAUUAUCAUUGCCAUCAUGCUGCAGCUCUCCCAACAGCUCUCAGGCAUCAAUGCUGUAUUCUAUUAUUCUACAGGGAUUUUUGAAAGAGCUGGUAUCACACAACCUGUGUAUGCCACCAUUGGAGCUGGUGUGGUAAACACAGUCUUCACUGUUGUGUCGCUGUUCCUGGUGGAGCGUGCGGGGCGCAGAACCCUCCAUUUAGUUGGUUUGGGUGGCAUGGCUGUGUGUGCUGUUCUUAUGACUGUUGCCUUAGCUCUGAAGGAUGUUGUGGAGUGGAUCAGAUACAUCAGCAUUGUUGCCACUUUUGGCUUUGUGGCUCUUUUUGAGAUUGGUCCUGGCCCUAUCCCCUGGUUCAUCGUGGCAGAACUCUUCAGCCAGGGCCCACGGCCUGCAGCCAUGGCAGUGGCUGGGUGUUCCAACUGGACCUCUAAUUUCUUGGUGGGAAUGCUCUUCCCCUAUGCAGAGAAACUGUGUGGCUCCUAUGUCUUCCUCAUCUUCCUUGUUUUCCUGGUCAUCUUCUUUGUCUUCACGUUCUUCAAAGUGCCGGAGACCAAGGGCAGGACUUUUGAAGACAUCUCCAGGGGCUUUGAAGGACGAGCAGAAGCCAGCCCCACAUCACCUGUAGAGAAGAACCCCAUGGUGGAGCUGAACAGCAUACAACCUGACAAAGAAGUUGCCUAAGAUUCAUGACACCCCCCUUCUUCGACUCUUACAUACUUAGAGUCAUUAAAGGAAUGAGCAAAGAAAACAAUGAGAACUGGGACAUUUUUUCCCCCCCUCAAUUGCUGCUAUUUUCUUCUUUGCACCCACAUACUCCCCUGUUCUGCCAGGCUUACCAGCAUUAAGUGAAUCUGAUAUGGGUGAUCCCAUUUUCAAGUACUGGAAGGCACCUGGCACUUGCAAAAAUAAUCUCAUCUUCCCUGUCACAAACAUCAGGAGAACAGAGAAGAGCUGGCAAUAUUUUUGCUUUUCUCAUCUGUAAUUGCUAUUUGGGGUUUAACAUACUUAUGCACGCAGUGACCACUAUGAUCUAAUUACUAUUUUUGUAGUGAGCUGAAGUGACCCACUGAACAAGUUCCCGGCCCUUUGAGUCUACUCUGUGUGCGUGUGUGUGUGCGCAGUGUUACACUGGAAUUUAACAAGCCUACCAAAAAGCCAUCUCCCUGCUUUUUCCUAUCCGGUGUGCACUUUUUUCAGCCUCAGGAAAAAGGGGACCAAGUUACAUGGAUAUUUUUUCCUGCUUUUUUUUUUUGUAUAGACAGACUGAAAGCAUACUUUUACUUGUUUAUUUAUUUGUCAUGUUGUAAAUAUUUAUUUUUUUAAUGGUGUACAAAAAUGUAUAGAUAAUGAAAUUGAAGAUGUUUAAGAGAAAUAGCUAUACUAACGGAAGAUGCUGUAGACUGGAGGUGCAAUAAGACCGUAAAGGAGAAACGUGGUACUAAAGAGGCGAUGGGGCAUUUUGGAUGACAUGUAUGACACAGCCAAUUAUGCACCUCACCUUUAAGUUAUUUGUGCCCUCUGGAAGGAAAUGCAAAGAAUUGUGUACUAGUAAGAAGUAUGUUUGUCCACCAAAAUCUCUGUUUGGGAUUUUUUGGUUGACAAUUUUAAAUCCUGUUCCCAAGUGUUGAUUGGAGUGUGUGGUGUUGCAGAAAAUGAGUGGUGUUUGUAUCUGCAGUCAUGGCUAAAGCUCAUAUGGGAUGACUGAGGGUGGUGAUCGCAAGCCAGAAAGUAACUUUUCCUGCCUUCUCUUGAUUUUUUUUUUUCUUUUUGGCUUUUCUGCUGUAUUCUGGUAGGUCAGAAAGUCUGAAAUUUUCAGAUUGUUACAAGGAUAAAAAUUAUUUUCCAAAGCCGUAUUUUCUUAGCAAUUGUUUUUAUAAAUAUUAGGCAGAGGCAUGUAGCAUGACCCUUCUGGGCGCAGGCGUGGUCAGCUGUGGCAUGUGUAAGCUCAUGCAGGCAGAGAUGCAGAACCAGAGACCAGAGCUGCUGGAGCUUGCUAGCGUAGCAGUGGGAAAGGUCUGUAGUCCUCAGUCUGCUGGUUGGUUGCAGACCAAAUGUUUUUGCCCCACGUGUCCUCUCUGGAAGAUCUGCAUGAUGUUGUGAUGCUCCGCAGCCUGCAGCGUAGAUGUGUACCGCUCUGCAGUAGUGCCUCUGUUAAAAGGGAUGCAGCAGACAGUGAUUGUACAUCUGUAAAUGCUGGUCUCCCGGCCUGUCACACUGCUAGGCAGUCGGGAGUAUGGACACACCUGCCCGUGCUGGCACAUUUCGGCUCAGGAAGGCAAAAAGUAUCCCCUGUGGCGUAACUGCAGUCAGGGGGUGGGAGCUGCGCUUCGCUGGCCGCAGCACUCUGGAGAGAGACUCCAGACCUGCGCAGCCUGUCUGGAGGAAGCACAGAGGUAGGUCUGAUUUAAACUCCUGCUCCCAGAUCUGCAUUUUCAGACUCGAUCGAGCUUGGGUCUGCCUGCAGGCUCAUGCUGGAGCUCAUUGCGGGGUGUCCUAGGGGAGAGGCAGGCCCACAGGUUCCGAGGUGGGUAAAAGGAAGAAAGGCUCAGACAGGCAGGAACGACCUCCAAAUUGCUGUAGCGUGGAUCGCGCAAGCUUUCUUGGCAGCACAUUUCAGAGCAGCUCAGAGGGGUUCCCACUGAUGUACAUCCUGGGGUACGUAGCUGAUAUUUUCAUUAAUGGACUGAUGAUGUUUCUACCUUCCCUGUUGAGAAACAGUUGCAAAGAUCAGCAAAAUUUGCUACUGUGAAGUACUACUUGUGACUUCAUUUGAAAUGUUCCAGCCUUGCACAAUGAAAUCCUAUUAUGUCCAGUUUUGUCUAGCUUUCCAUCAGGUUUCCAUGCCAGAUAUUUAUUCUCAGAAGUAUUAUAUAUGACUUCUUUCCUGAAUUCCGUAUUUUGGCUCAGUUAAACAGAUUUUUGUGCCUGCCCUUUGACCCCCCCAGCACUUCCAGAUGUGGUAUUUCUAGAUGGGCAUCUGUACUUUAGGAAAUUCCCCCUACAGCUGUGCAUAGGAGCAUUCCAUACUUUGCAUCAGAGAUGUGUGUUGGCUUGGACCGAAACUUGUUGGUCUUUCUCACAUGGUAUCUCCUUUGUUAUUUUCUUUUUCUGUAACAGCGUUGUGAUACUUUGGA